GACGCACGUAAGCAGCUACGGAAGGGAGCCCUACCUCCAUAGCGACAUACCGACCUCCCGCCUCUUCCUUCACAGCUGGGUUGGAGCGCUUUUUUCCCCAUUACGAAUUGGGCCGCCAUGGCCGGAGCUUUCUCGCUUCCUUUUACCCACUGUACCCUGGAGAUGAGAGACCGGCGGCAGGUCGGCUAGGCCCUUCGUAGGCCUCGCCACAUCCCCGGGAGCAGGGAUUGACCGCUUCUUUUUAUUUCUCGCCAUUGCCUUCCAACGAGGAGCCCCUGAGGGUGCAGGAGCGGCCCUCCCGCCCGCAGCAUUCUCCUGCCUCUCUCCCUGGAUUAAUAGCACCGUUACUCGGCCUGUCCCACCCCUGCUUUGGGCUCCACGGCUUCUCCCCGGGCCCCGCCGCCAGCACAGGCCUUGUCUCACUCCUGCUUUGGCCUCUGCUCCCCGGCUCUGCUACUUCCAUCUCUGUCUCUGAUCAAUAAGCAUCUGGCUUCGCCACUCGGGGCUCCCGCCAGUCCCCUAUCAACAUGGAGACCAAAACCAUCGUGUACGAUCUGGACACCUCUGGGGGUCUAAUGGAGCAAAUUCAAGCACUGCUGGCUCCUCCAAAGAGCGAAGAAGGGGAGAAGAAAAGCAAGAGGCCAGAAAAGGAGCCCCGGAGAAGCGGAAGAGCCACCAACCAUGAUAGCUGUGAUAGCUGUAAGGAGGGUGGAGAUCUUCUGUGCUGUGACCACUGUCCGGCUGCAUUCCACCUCCAGUGUUGCAAUCCUCCACUGAGCGAAGAGAUGUUGCCUCCAGGAGAGUGGAUGUGUCACCGCUGUACUAUACGCAGGAAGAAACGUGAGCGUAAGAAGGAGUUGGGGCAGGUAAAUGGCCUGUUUGACAGGUAUGGAAGGAGGACUGUUUCCCCAACCAGUGAUCUGGAUUUCUCGGAAAAAGCUCCUGGCACCUUCCGAGCCCUUGCACAAGCCAGAAUGCUGGAAAGGAGAGUCAGUCGCCCAGGAACCCCAACAUCCAGCGCCAGCACUGAUACUCCAACUUCUGAGCAGAAUGAUGUGGAUGAGGACAUGAUUGAUAUAGACGAUGAACCAUCUGCUUUGGACUCUGAGUGCAGUCAUUCUCAGCUCAAGAGACCUUUUCAGUUGCUUAUUGCAGCAGCAAUGGAGAGGAACCCUACCCAGUUUCAGCUGCCCAAUGAACUUACAUGCACCACAGCACUUCCAGGCACCAGCAAAAGGCGUAGGAAAGAGGAAAUGUCAGGAAAAAAUGUCAAGAAAGCACAGCACGAAUUGGAUCACAAUGGCCUGGUUCCUUUGCCAGUUAAAGUUUGCUUCACUUGUAGCAGGAGCUGUCGAGUUGCACCUCUCAUUCAGUGUGAUUACUGCCCCCUUCUGUUUCACAUGGACUGUUUGGACCCACCCCUCACUGCCAUGCCAACUGGCCGCUGGAUGUGUCCCAACCAUAUUGAGCACAUUGUGCUUAACCAGAAGAGUAUGACCCUGAGUAACCGAUGCCAGGUGUUUGACCGCUUCCAAGAUGGCAUUUCUCAGCAUGCUGUAAAGCUAGACUUCCUAAGCCGCAUCCACAAGCUCAAUCCCCCCAACCGUAGAUUGCUGCCGUCCGCCAAGAAACCCACUGUCAAGGUUCCAGAUGCUAUUAAGGCACAGUAUCAGGCUCCUCCUCAGUUAAUUCCUCCAGCCGGAAUACGCGACGGGGAAUUGAUUUGCAGCGGUGACCCUGGGGAAUCUCAAAAGCACCUAUUGCACUCUGAGCACUUAGCUAACCAAAGCGAGCAGCAAGAGUGGCUCCGUAGUGUGGUUGCACUUCAGUGCAGCAUACUGAAGUAUUUAUCUGCUAAGCAGAUGCCUCCUUCCUGGACCUCUGAUGACACAGACUCAUUGGACAUCAAGCCAGUUAUUGCAGCUGAUGGCUCAGUUUCCAACUCUCACCAGCACACCGAGGGCAAGCCCCAGUUCCCCACACCUGUAGGAUUGCAUUCUGCAAGUCAGACCACAUCCUUACAAGAAGAUACUGCCUAUGUCCUAAAACCAUGUCUCACAGCUGCUUGUGGAACCACAAAUGGACCUGCUGUAUCAGAGUCUAAAGCAAAUGGGCCUCAUGUUAACAGUGUUAGCCCAGAGCCCAUGGAACAGCUGAUGGACCCUCAAAGGCUGACUGGACAGACUGCAAUGUUGUCACAAAGACAAGCACGGCCUCGUUCAGGCACUCCAACAGCAUCUGUGCCUCUCCCAAACCAUGUUGUGAAAACUGAAACAACAGCAGGCUCAACCAUGUGCACUCAGCGGCUGCCAGUACCAGCCAUUACCCCUCCAAGCUCCUGUACUAGUCCUGAACCCUCUAGCACUUUGUCAAGGAAAAAUGCACAGACUCCGCUUGGGGCUUCUGUGAACCAACAUGACUCAAGGCCUGUCAGUUCACCUUUAUCUGGUACCAGGGCACUUACACCACCACAAGCUGUUUGUGACAUAGUAACCUCUGCAGCUUCAGGGGCCUCAAGGCUUUGUGCCGCAGCACCACCACCUACAGAUGGGAAAGUCAGACCUAGUACAUUGCUACUUGAUAGUGCUUCAAGUGCUCCUUCUGCAUUAUCAGUAAACUCUUCGGCUAUGAUGGAGCUUACUAAUUCCCUCCGAACAUUAAUGGAUGGUAAUGGGGAAAUCCAGAUUAAUCUUCUGGAUGAAAAGUUGGUGAAGUUCUUGGCCAUGCAGAGAAUCCAGGAGAUCUUUUCUUCGAAAGAGCAUCCUGUAGCAAGUGUCACCCGUCCUCAGCUAGCACCUUCACUCACAAACCACUUAGAAGCCCAGAGAAGAGAUGUUCAGGCCAGGGCUGUAUUCUACCCUCUAAUGAUGGGUGUUGGAGCUCCAGUCAAUAUGUGUUACCGGACUCUCUACAUUGGCACAGGAGCAGACAUGGAUGUGUGCCUUACAAAUUAUGGUCACUGCAACUAUGUGUCUGGCAAGCACGCCUGUAUAUUUUAUGACGAAAACACAAAGCAUUAUGAGCUGUUGAAUUACAGUGAACAUGGAACAACUGUGGACAAUGUGCUCUAUUCCUGUGACUUCUCGGAGAAAAUCAUCCCUACCCCACCAAGCAGUAUUGUUGCCAAAGUGCAAAGCGUUCUAAAACGCCACAAGAGCCAAAAUCCUGAGGAAGAGGCAGUCAAAGAAGAAGUAGUUAUGAACUCUCAGGCCCAAGGCCCUGGUCCGCAGUCAUGCAACUGCAAAGCCAGCAGUUCUAGUCUCAUUGGAGGAAGUGGAGCAGGCUGGGAAGGCACCGCCCUUUUGCACCAUGGAAGUUAUAUUAAGUUGGGUUGUAUCCAGUUUCUCUUCUCAAUCACAGAGUUUGCAACCAGGCAGCCCAAAGGUGAAAGUGAUGCCUUAGCACAAGAGCUGGACUUGGAUGACAAAUUGUCUCUCAAACCACCACACCAGGUGCCGGUCCUACGAUCCAAUUCUGUUCCAUAGGAACCAAACACUAGAUAGAAUGCUAGGAGGCGACUUUUCCUAAAAAGACACUUGACUCAGCAGAGCAAACAAGUUCAUUGGCCUCCCGGGACCCCAACGAGGCCAGAAAGAGUUUGCACAUUUGCAUGAUAUGAAGAAAAGUUCACCUUUUUAUUUUUCUUUCCCUUCUUUUGCUCAGAUUUUAGGGGCAUUUGCACAUAUUUCUAUCAUACAUUUCAUAUAUUAUAAAUAUAUAUAUAAAUAUAUAUUUUUUUUAUUAUAAGAAAAAAAUAAACAAAUCCCCCCUUCCCCCCCAGAAUGAAUUUGCUAAGACACGAUCAAAACAUUUUGAAUACUUUGUGAAAUCCCCAAAAAUCCCCCCCAUUUCAUGCAAUUGCAAAUGAAUCUACGUCCCCCCUUUUCUAUUUGGUGCCAGUGACUUUUUUUCUACCGAACAGAUUUCAGUUUUUCUUAAAGAAGAAGAAUCCCUUUCAGUUUGUUUCAGCCUUUCAGUUUGUUUCAGCCGUUCAGUAUAAAGUUCUUGUUUCAUGCAAGUCCCUCACUCCUCAGCCUCGCAGUUCUGCCUACAGUUGCAAUAAUAGGAGCUCCAUAGAGACAACAGGGACAGGGUGGAGUUUUGUACAAUAUCAACAGACUGAAAUACUUUACCUCCAGACACACCCUCCUGCUUUUUUUUUUUUUUUUUUUUUUUUUAAAUUUUUAAAUGUGUACAGUGCUCCGUGUGAUACACCUUCUGGCUUCUGUCUGUAACAAAAUAUUUUGUUGUUCACUUGUUUGUCUUUUUUUUUUUCCCCCUUUUCCCCUUUUUUAAUUAUUGUAAUACUGCCACUUCUCCUUUGUGGAGGUUGGUCAAGCUAGAUCCAUUGUAAAUAUUAACUGUAUUGUUUUAGAUUUUACAAACCUUUUUUUCCUGUAUUCUGUACAUAUAUAUACAUAUAUAUAUAUAUAUAUAUAUAAAAAGUUGAUUCUU